AUGAAAAAAAUAGAGCUAACUAAUGGAUUGCGCCUUCGCUUGAAAAAGGCGAUCGAUACUGGCUGGAUAUAUGACAGCGCAGCUGCGUCUAAAAAUCGAUGCGUAUUCGAUGUGUACGAGAAUUCUCCUCCGGUGUUCGGCUGGGCUGGGCUGGGCUCGACUCGACUCGGCUCGGCUCGGCUCGGCUCGGCUCGGAGCCACCCGGUGGCUGUGUGCGUCGAAAUCUACCUACUGACGGCAGCAAUCGACCGACAGCACGCCGCGCUCUUUCGGAGAUUCGCCGCCGACCCGUGA